AUGUCCUACGCAUUUCGUCAGACAAAUAAGCUGCUGACACCUAAACCCUCCCCUGUUGUGAUUCCUUUCAAGAAGGAGAAGAUUUUCAUCAUUGCAUCUGGUACUACCGAUGGACCUUUCCCAGAAAGGUCACCACGGUGGCAUUAUUAUGAGGUUUUAGAUCUCCGCUCGCAUGUCCCUGUAGGCCUCAAAACCCCUUUUGACAAAGCCUAUGAUACCGCUAGGCAUGAACCUUUUUUGCCUCUGUUUUCUGCUUAUGUCAUCAAAGGGGACAAGGUCUAUUUCCAGAUUGUUGCAGAAAUUUGGCGGUGCCAGCCACGUAUGUUCUACCUCGACAUGUCCAGUGAAAAGUGGUAUGUCUGCCACGAUCCUAACAUUUUUAGCUACAUGAUGCCUGGUGUAUGCUAUGAUGAUGAAAUCACUCCCAAUAUAGUGGAGCUGCCAAAUUUCUUGUGGAGUUUAUAUGGGCAACGGAAGUGUUUGAAUCGUGUUACUGAUGACUUUACGUUCUCAGUGGGAGUUAGUUAUCUUGAAUCUGAUGGAAAGGGUCGCUCUAUCUUCGUCAAGGUGUUAAUUUGGUGGAUAUCACGGGACCUUACUUUGAUCAGCGAAAUGGCUGCUAUCCCGGCAUCUAUGCCGCCUCUGGAAAGUGUAGAAAUAUUUUUGGAAAGCAUUACGGUGAAGAUCUGA